AUGACUGGUAAAUAUUCAUAUACAAAGCGAAUUUUGUAUGCUAUAGUGUUUUUCAGUAAUACACCAUACACAUGGCGCGGAGCUGUUGUCUUCGUACAGAACAGCGUGUCUCGCGAGGGUUGGAUCGCAUUAUGGCGCGGAAACAGCGCGACCAUGGCUCGCAUAAUACCGUACGCUGCGAUACAGUUCACAGCUCACGAGCAAUGGAAACGGUUGCUGGGUGUUGACACACCGCAUACCGCUCAAGAGGCGCCCUUUCGUCAUCUGAUAGCGGGAUCCCUUGCUGGAGUUACCUCACAGAGUGCCACUUACCCAUUGGAUCUGGCGAGGGCACGUAUGGCUGUAGCGGACUACAGAUCUCUUAGGGCGGUCUUUGUAAGGAUAUUGAGAGAAGAAGGGGCGGUUACGUUAUACAGGGGAUACGGUGCUACAGUUCUGGGAGUUAUUCCCUACGCCGGUGUUUCAUUCUUCACGUACGACUCGCUCAAGCAUUGGCAUCUUGAUUAUGCAGGUACAGCCCCCCACGGCUUCACAAAUGUUUUAUUCGGAGGUAUAGCUGGGGCUUUGGGCCAAACGUCGUCCUACCCACUGGAUAUCGUGCGCAGGCGCAUGCAAACCGCAAAACGAGCGCCUGAUGGCACAUACCCCUAUCCGGCCAUAUUGCCUACUCUAGCACAUAUUUACAGAACUGAGGGCUGGCGGGCAUUUGUCAAAGGCCUGAGUAUUAAUUGGAUUAAGGGACCUAUAGCUGUUGGCAUAUCGUUCGCGACAUACGACCAGAUCAAAACGACUCUACGGGAAAUCGCCCUCACAUUCUCCUCGCUUAGGGAAAACUUAUAA